GUAUUAUUAAAAACCGAAAAGUAUAAUUCAGACAUAAAAAACAUGACUAAGAAAAUAGAAACAGAUUUAUCUUCAUAUCGAGACAAUAAAAUUGAAAAAAUACUAAUAUGCUUCUCCGUUUAUAGAAAUACGAGAGAAAUAUUUAAUACAAAACUAAAUGCCGAUGAAAUACCUCUCAUUCACGGGUUAAAAUUUUUAACUAUGUUAUGUAUAAUUUUCAUCCAUACUUUUUUUUCUCAGCAGAAUUUGCCAAUAAUAAAGGAUGGUUUCUGAGAUAUAGUGGCAGCUUUUGGAUUAGUCUAUUUGAUAUUUCAUUUCUAUCAGUCGAUAUUUUUUUUCUUUCGAGCGGUUGUUUAGUGACCUAUUUGUAUCUGAGAAAUAAAACGGACAAAGAAUUGAUUAAGCCAAUUGGUUACAGACAAAAAUUAAUUACUUUUUCUGUAUAUAUGAUAAAAAGAUAUAUCCGGCUAACUCCGACUUACAUAAUGACAUUAGGAAUAUUCUUAUUAAGCUCAAUUAAGUUGCAUAACACUUCACAAUUUUAUAU